AUGGACGACGAAGCGAGCGCGUCUAGGCCGCCGCUGGCGCUGAGCUUGGAACUAGUGUCUUCGUUUAAGCCUGCCAAGGUGUUCAAAGACUUUGUGCAGCCUGACUGCCGCGUGACAAGUCUGGAUUACGAUGAUCGUGGCGAGCUCUGUGUGACGGCGUCGGACGACGAGACGAUCCAGCUGUACAACUGCCGCUCUGGCAAGCACAUCAAGACGCUCUACAGUAAAAAGUACGGCGUCCACUUGGCGAGAUUUACGCAUCGCUCUUCGGCUAUUGUGUACGCUUCGACGAAGGAAGAUGACACGGUGCGGUACCACUCGCUCCACGACAACAAAUACCUGCAGUACUUCCGAGGACACAAGCGCCGCGUCACGUCGCUUGCGAUGUCGCCUGUCGACGACACAUUUCUCUCGGCAGCGGUGGAUGACUCUGUGCGACUGUGGGAUCUGCGCACGCCGGCGGCCCAGGGGAACAUGCGCAUCCAAGGCCAUCCGAUCGUGGCGUACGACCCCUCUGGUCUUGUGUUUGGCAUUGCGCUGAACGAGCGCUCAUCCAUUCUGCUGUAUGAUAUUCGAAAAUUUGACCAAAACCCGUUCAUCACCAUCACGAUUGACGACACGGCUGCACUAUCGCAGAUCAUGAUGCCUCCCCGCAUUCCUGUGCUCACCCACCUCAGCUUUAGCCACACGGGGCAGUAUAUUCUCGCAGGCACCUCUGGUGACGUGCACUACAUUGCUGAUACUUAUACGGGCAAGGUGGUAUACCGCCUGACGGGGCACAUUGGCCUGGAACGAGCUGACGGCGCGUCGGUGGGGCUUGUGCCGAAGGCCGGUAUCAGUGGCCAGGAGAUGUGCUGGACACCGGACGGACGCAUGGUCAUUGCCGGCUCAGCGGCGGGCCAGGUGCAUGUGUGGGCGCUGCCAGAGCACCCUCCGGCCACGCUGCCGGCCACGCUGCAUUCGACUACGACACUACAAGGGCAGGAAGGCACGCCCAGCGUCGUGGCAUUCAAUCCACGCUGUGCACACAUGUGCACCGCUGGAGCCCAAGUCGCCUUCUGGCUGCCUGAUUUACCGUAG